CCUGCCCUGGACUCAGAGUCUAUCGACGAGAAGCGAAUUUCUACUCUGUUGGCGUGGAAGCUCGGGAAAAAUUCCUAUAGGGCGGCGAUGCCGAGGCCUGGCGGCGGCGGCCCGGUCCGGCGGGAGUCGCUUCUGACGAGGGCGGUGGGCGCGGUGUUCGCCUUCGUCCGCUUGGCCGAAUUCGAGAUCCUCUUCUUCCUCUUCUUCUUCAUCGCCUUCCUCAUUUUUAAAGAUCUGACAUCACGCCCUGAAUACAAUGAAAUCUUGGUGAAAAAGCCAGGUAGCAAUGACUACUGGCCUUAUUAGGAGGAAAGGGGCUGCUACAGGUUGAUGAUAGAAUCAGGCAAAAAAUCUGAAGCUGGUCCAUUACUUCUUCACAGGAUGCUGUCUCGUGUCUAUAUAUCACCAUAAAUUAGUGUUUUCAUCAGAUAUUGGAAAUUUUGUAGCACAUCUUCGUACGUGCUGUCUCAUCUAAAUUCUGACAGAAUUCUCCACGCUUUCCAUCAAUUACUGCAGGGUAAGUUUGGCUGAAAUCUGCGAGUCUUCUUGUUCUCUGUGGAUGUGGAACCAGUCUGUGAGUUAUUUCCU